AACUCGUUUAAAAACCACCCCCCUCCCGGUCGAGUUGUGAUUGGAACGCCUUUGGGAGCUGCAACUUUGCUUUCGGAGCGAGCCAUCUUACCUGAGCGGACGCGUGCGUGUGUCCGUGUGGGUGUGCACGCUUCGGUGCGGUCCGCCAUGGAUUUGCUUUGGAUUGUCGGCUUGCUGGUGUGCGUGUGCGCCCGCUUGGCUUCGUCCGAGCGCCACAGCGUCUUCUGGAACAGCACGAACCAAAAGUUUCGAUGGAGCGACUACGCGGUGGAGGUGCGGCUCAACGACUACCUGGACAUCGUGUGCCCCCAUUACCCACAGGGCGAGGUGCCGCUGCUGGACGCCGAGCGCUACGUGCUCUACAUGGUGGAGCGCGAAGACUACGAGUCGUGCAAGCCGCAGUCGUACGACCAGAUGCGGUGGGAGUGCGGCCACCCGUUCGCGCCGCACGGCCCCGAGAAGUUCUCCGAAAAGUUCCAGCGCUUCACGCCGUUCACCCUCGGGAAGGAGUUCCGCCAAGGAGGAAGCUACUAUUAUAUCUCGAAACCUUUACACCAUCACGGUGAAGAGUGCCUGCGGCUCAGGGUGGACGUCGUCGCGGCCGACGGCUCACAGGAGGCCAGGGUGGCCAAAGGAGGCAAGAGCGGAGAUGUCGUGGUUGCCGGAGGUGGGGUUCACAACCCGUCCAACAGACUGCCUGCAGCCGACGACCCGGUGGUCAGCCUCCCUGAGGUGCGGAAGAGCGUACGGACCAGUUCGGCGGCGCCGACGUCGCAGUCCGUCCUGUCGUUGCUCGUUCCAUUCUCGCUAUUGGUCUUGCUGCUCUGAGACAACUCUGUUUUUUUUUUUUUUUUGUGGGACCACAAUGAAGGGACAGUCUGUGGGGACGAAACCAUUGACCGCCUGAGCUCAGCUCUGUGGCUGGCCACAGGGCGAGUCGGGAGGACAAAGAAUAGAUGGGACUCGUGUUGGAGCGAAUGAACAGGACAAGCAAUUGGGACAAAUGCUACCAAAUAGCAAAUUGAACCGACUGCCCUUGGAGCCAAAGAUUGGUCGCGUCCGCCGUCUUGUGACGCCCCACUCCCACCUCCAAUACAAAAAAAAAAAAAAACCCAACCUCCCACAUUUGCCCGCCUGCCAGUUUUACAUUCUAUUUGUGUGGUGAUGUUUUUUUCCGUAACUGUGGCAUUGGAGCAAUUUUUUUUUUUUUUUUUGUGGGGGGAUUUUUUUUUUCUUACAAAUGUAGCAUUGACAGACUGUUGUCAGGGCAACCACACAAUUACACAUUGCCAUCGGAAAAACUUUUGUACGUUCUGUGAAGAUAAUUUAUGACAUUGCAUUGGGAGCUUUCCUGUAUGUUCCGCGAGCGAGCGAGCGAGUGUGUUGUUUGAAAGGGGGGAAGUUGUGCGACAAAAUGGAUUCGUGUCAAAAGCAAACACUGACUUGAUGUGUGUUUUUGUAUCUCACGGGGAGGCUGGUUCUUCUGUUUGUUCAAUCUCAUCUCACCGCCGCCAAAAAAAAAAAAGAAAAAAAAAAAGACAAAGCGGCUCAAAAUCAACCCGUGAACUACCACCGCAGUCUAUUUAGCCGACUCAAAAGGACAAAGCACAACAGUUUAACGACAACUGCAGUCUUUUGUUGUUUUUUUGUUUGUUUGUUUUUACUGAAACAGCUUUUUGUACAUGUGUAAGUAAAACUAAUGUAUGAUAUGUAAAUACAUAAAAGAUUCUAUAAAACUCAGAAACUUGUUUGAUAUGACUAAUGUGAAAUUUUCAUGUGGAAUAAAAGGAAAUAGUUUGGGUCAAACCAAAAAAAA